CCAUAGGUUACGUACGCAAGACACAAGUGCGUGUCCUCCGCGGACGGAACACAGACAGAGCCGCUCUUUGCGUUGUGCGAUUCUUUUUCGUCGUCGUUGUGCUUCCGUGAUUUCACAACGCGGAGACUGCUAUUUCGCCGACAAGACAAUCGACACAUGGCACGUUAAUACGAGGUGACGUUAAAUCGAGUGGCAGGAAAGCGAAAGGGAUCGAAAGAGGGUGUAUAUGUGUGUGUCCAACGCGCACGGCCCAGCCUCUUCGUAACUGCGUGAGUGCGUGCGUGCUUGCGUGCUUCUAUUUCUACGUCCUGUUAGGAGCAUCCAGGAGAUUUAAGAGUCGUCAGGAUGACCAGCAGUGAGCAAACACGCGAGCAGACAAUCAGCAACGUCGAGACCGAGUAUUACGAGAUCAACUCCAAGGGCGCUUGGCCGAUGCUCUAUCAGCAUAUACGUAAUGAAUGUGGAAAUUAUGAGUACACAUGCAAUGAAUCAAAAAAACCACAGAACAAAAACUUGAAUCGCUACAGGGAUGUGGCACCAUAUGAUCACACUAGAAUUAUUCUUAACCGAGGUGUAUGUGAUUAUAUACAUGCCAAUCUCAUAAAAGUGGAUCGUGCUCAUAGGCAAUAUAUCUUGACACAAGGACCUUUGCCGAAUACUGCCGGCCACUUUUGGCUAAUGGUAUGGGAGCAAAAUAGCAGAGCCGUAUUGAUGUUAAAUAAGAUAAUCGAAAAGAAUCAAGUCAAAUGCCAUCAAUAUUGGCCUCUGGAUGAUUCACAUGAACCUACUAUGACGUUUGAAGAUGUCAGUUUAGAGGUGGAAUAUGUCAGCAAAAUAGAAUCAUCAGACUACACUACUAGAACAUUACGUAUAACAGACUUGGAAACUAACGAUAGUAGAGAAAUCUUACAUUUUCAUUAUACCACUUGGCCAGAUUUUGGAGUACCACAAAGUCCAACGGCCUUUUUACGUUUCUUGGCAGACGUUAGGCAAUCAGGAGCAUUAGAUCAAAAUGUUGGUCCACCCAUCAUCCAUUGUUCCGCAGGAAUAGGAAGAUCAGGAACAUUGUGCUUGGUUGAUACAUGCUUAGUAUUGAUCGAGAAAAAUGGUUUAAAUGCUGUGAAUGUGCGCGAGAUAUUACUGGAAAUGAGAAAAUCACGUAUGGGUCUGAUACAAACGCCGGAACAACUGCGUUUCUCGUAUGCUGCCAUUAUUGAGGGAGCGAAACAAUCGCCACUUGGCAACUCGAAUACUGAAAACAACGAGAUAUUAAAGAAUUAUUAUGAGGAGGUGAAUAAUAAAAACAACAUCUCGUUAGAAAAAGACGACGACCCUCCUCCUUUGCCUCCAAGAAUAGCAUCUUUGUCGCAUAGAAAGAUGGAUGAUAUAAGUCCGGAUACAUCGAGUGAUGAAUCAAGUGCACCACCUGAUAAACCGUUACCUAGUGAACCACCGAAUCACGCAGAAUGGCCCACAGAUACAAAGGCUAUGUUCGCAAAUUGUACAAGUGAACAAAGCACAGAUGAUAUCCCGAUAUGUGAAGAAAUCUCUUUCAAUGAUGCUGAUAGUUCUCUCCAGACAAACAAUUCUCCGUCCAAAUCAGACGCGAAAGGGGAAGUACGUCGGCGCAAUCGGGAGAAAAACGAGCGAUUAGCGGCACAAGUGCGCGAAAUGAAACGCCGACAAAAGGAAACGGAAGAAUGGCAGAAGCUCAAGAGGUCAUUAUUUACGCCCCUUACAAUAGGCAUAGGAAUUGGGAUUGGUGGGGGUAUCGUAGCGCUGUAUUAUUAUCUGUACAUGCGUAGUUAAAUCUACCAUCUCGCGUUUAAGAAUGUCGUACAUACGUACGUACGUACAUGUGGAUUUUCAGCAACAUUUGAAUGACUUAGAUCAUCGAAGAAGGUUACUCUUAACACGCGAUAUUCUCUAAUGCAAGAUUAGAUUAGGUUUAUUUUCAUAACCUGAUCUUGGUUAAAAUAUCUUUAAGAGAAUAAUCGAAGAAGAGUGUUGUUCCGUACCAUACGACCCGCAGUAUAAUUGCGUAUUGCCAGCGAUAUCGCAAACAAUAUUGUUUCCACUACGGAAACAAUAAGCGAAAAAAGAAAACGUUAAGAGAAAAAGAACAUCGCUAAGGAUUAACCAAGGUAGUAUAUUGUUAGAGCACGCUGCUUGUAUGUUCGAGCAGUAAUAAUUGCAGAAUCGGAAAUCGACUAAGGCAGAAAAAGGAAAUGAACUUUCGAUUUGUAUUUUUAUAUUGUGAUUUACUCGACAAGUACCUAGAACGUUACGGCGUAUCAUAUGUUCUUCUCACCAUUUUUUUACUAUCUUUAAAACUGCUACUAUCAAGAAGCGAGUAGAUUAUUUGAUAUACGCGCUUACGGAAACGUUAUAAUGAGAGAAUAAGGAGUAUACAGAAAGUUAUUAGCUUUUUUCGCGUUUUUUUUUUUAUAAUUCUCAUAUAUAAAAAUAUUUGCCCAGAGAUUUGCUCUAGUUACACAAUAAACCAUGUAAUUAUAUGAUUAGAUUUACAAUUCUGAUCAUUCAGUCUUCUUAUUCACUUAUCAUUAUAGCGAUAAUGAUAAACUCAUAUAACGUUACACAUAACCAUGCUUAGGAUCAUGGUUAUAUAAAGUUAAUAUGAAAAGUCAGUUUUAAUUUGAAAGACUAUAUCUUUUGGAAGGUGAAUGAUAUUGAUUUCGUCAUUUCCCAUAAAUAAUACGUGAGUGCACAUUUCUAUAUUAGUACCCGAUAUUUUCCUUGUAAUUCAAUUAACAUAACAAUCGGUAAGCAAGUAAGGCGCAGAUUACAUUUCUGUGAUUUUUAACAAAUCAUUUCUAGAUAUGUGAAUUAGGCUUACUGUUAAUAAUAUAUUUCAGGGUAUCAAAAUCAUUCUGGUUCAUUAGAUAAUUUCCAAAUUGUUCUAGAUUUAUAUUUUCAAAUUAUGAAAUUUAUGAAUUAAAAAGCUUAUAAUAAUAAACUUUUUAAUGUAUCAUAAUUUCCAUGUUAAAAAAUAUGAAUUGAAUUAAUUUGGAAAUAUAUCUUUUAAUUUCUUUAAUAGCAUUAAAUAGAAGUACACUAAUGAUAGGUCUAGAAAGAAAUUGUUAAAAAGUUGUAUUCUCUAGUUCCAUAGAUGAAUGUCUUUUUAAUUAUUUAUUAAUUGAAGUAGAUUCUAUUGUGUCUUACAUCAAAAACAUUCAUAAAGAAGUUUAGAUUAUACAUAUAUUAUAUAUUGAUACUUUAUAAACUGAUGUUUCAAAUAUGUUUUUCACUUGCUAUAGUAAUCUCACUUGAAUUUUUUAUUGUUGGGCUAUGAGUAAGAUAUAUUUUCUUUCUUAUUUGCGAUCUUUUUAUUUUUCUUUUUUGUUACAACAGAGAUUUUAUAUUUAUAUUUUGUGAAUUAGUGCUGUUCUCUCUACUUGCAAUUUUCGGCCAGAUUUCGUGGUUCAUGUCCAUUACUUCCGCAUUUAUUAUUCAUGCGUUAGCAACGAGACACUGGACGCGCAUCCAGCGCAUAUAUAUUUACAUAUAAUAAUAUUAACAUUAUAUAUAUAUAUAUAUGCAUAUGUUUUGCGAUAAUUAUAAAAUUAUUGUAACAUUUUAUUCAAAGCUAUAUAUAUCGAUAUGGUAAAAAAUAUAAUUUUAAUUAUUAAUAAUAUAUAAAUCAUAAAAAAAUUAUAUUUGAAAAUAUGCGGUGUUAUUAAAAGCAUAUUAUUUCAAUACAUUUACGAUAUGGACACUCCUAAAGCUAAAUGUCGCGCUUCUUAUUGUUAGUUAUGCGCAUCCAGCAUCUCGUUACUAACGCGCGAGCAAUAAAUGGAGAGGCAGUAGGAGUGAAUCACAAAAUCUGGCCAAAAGUUGCAAGAUAAUAGCACUGUUGUAAAUUAUCAUCUAAAAUGUCGUACAUUUGAUCCAGCUAUUCGUGUUAGAGCUUACUAUUUAUACGAAUCCUAUUAUUUUGCACAGUAAUAUAGAAUUAUAGAAAUGAUUAUUUUACUCUGCAACAAAACAUUCCUAAUAUAUGGAUAUUAGCUUUAAAUUUUUCUUACAUUUUUAAAUGAAACUAUUUUGGAUCUUAGAUACAUUAGAAACGUGUGGAAAAAUUGAGUUAUAUCAUAUUUAUCAAAAAAGCUUUUCAUUACCACGUCCGAUCAUUAUUAUUUAUUUUUAUUGUUAAUUGAGUGACAAAGUAGAUGUCAUAAAUUUCGAAAUUAUAAGAAUGAUAAAUCUUUGGUAGCAGCAAAAAAAAAAAUAGACGCGAAAAUAUAUUCUGUAUACAGCAAAUUGUUAUUUCAAAGAAUUAUUAGUUAUUUCUGUGUUAUAGAUUUUCGUUUUUGAAAAUCUCUCUCUAAGAUCGAGCCGUUUUCGUGCAUUCUACUUCAAUAUUCAUGUUAAGCUCCGAAAAUUCGAUAAUGAAAUUACAGUAAUCAUUAGAAAAACGAGGAAAAAUUUUAAGCAAAAAUCUUAGAAAAUGUGUAUUUCAGCUCAUCGCCCAAUAACAUAUGUUAAAAACUGUACAUUGGGCGUUGGAUAAAGACUGAGUAUGUCUAAUGACUUCUAGGAAGAUGGAAAGAGGAGGAAGUAAACGAACGGUAAAAUAAUGAGAGUUAAGCCCGCGUUUUCUUAAGUCGAGGUUUUAUAUAGAUCAUCUUGAGAGAAAGACUUGUCAGAUCGUGUUCCAUCCAAAGAUGAAGCGUAAUGAGAGAAGCGUAUGCAGUCGCGGUAUCUUAAAACGCGCGUCAAUGCGUAUUUUCUACUUUUGUACGUUACUGCCGUUGGAACACGAUCUCCCAACGAGGUUUUAAACACGUCGGAUUUGCGUAUAUUGACGUGCUCUUCGCGUGAUUAUGGAACGGUACGCGGCAAAAGAAAAAAAAAAAAAACAAAAAACAAA